AUGAGUGCCAGUGACAUCAAGGGGGGUUGGGCGGACGAUGUGCCUGUGGGCUUGCAUACUUGCGUCGUUAUAGUCAAAUAUGCUGAUACCCAUAGCGAAUUCGAUUGGAGGGGACGACACACGGGCCCACUCUACCACAAUGCGGCCGCGGUGACGUCGAAUUCUACAAGGAUAGGACUUCUUAUACCAGGCACCGAGCGGGUCGAGAUCUUUGAUAUCUUUGACAUUCAGCGCUGGUAUCUGUUCUCCCUCAUUAGUAGGGUGUCAUGUAAGGUCGACGUGAUGACUGCUCGCGAAGGCGGAGUGUCUCUCGCAGGCCACAAGACAUUCGCCACUCGCAUUCCUUCAGAAAUCCUAGCGAACGUUCUUGAAGAAGGUUUCAGAGACUCGAAUUGUUUCGCGCGAAUGCGCUUCGUGCUGCGCGCGGCGUCUGUCUCGCAUGCAUGGCGUGCUACUGCGCUCAAUAUCUCGGCUCUCUGGGGCACCAUAGUCAUCACACGUCCCCGUGCUCCCCCAAUCGCCGUCCUCGGAUUGCUGCUGGAUCGAUCACGUCACUCACAGCUCGACGUCUUCGUCGACUGGUUCCACGCCGGGUCUCGUCGCCCAAACGCGCAAUGGGAGGAUGAUCCCACCUAUAUCAAUCUCAUGAUGGAAAUGUUGCGCCAGCACGUAAAGCGAUGGAGAUCAAUCGAUCUCACUUGGAACCUGCCCCGGUCAAAUGAACGCGAUCAUACAUUUGAGCCCCUUCUCACUGGAUCAGCAGACGCCUUGAGAAGUCUACGUCUCAGCUGUGUCUGUGAUGCAGUAUACCAGGACAAUGUGUCAUGGUGCGAUUUCACUAGAGGCCUUUCUGCCCCGAAUCUCCGCAGCAUAGACCUGGACAUACCAUCUGGCGAUGAUAUGACUCUGAGCGCGGUGACCGCACGCUUUUCGUCCAUCCGAGAGCUCAGAUGGAGGGAGAGCAGCAGACAGAGAUGGUUCUACGACAGCAUGGAUUUUAUGCGGAUGCUGGAGCCCCUCAAGAACCUCCAACAUCUCACGCUCGAUAAUUUUUACAUAGAAUCCAUCAGCUUGGACCCGCCAGGUGGCGACGAAGCCCUGAUCUGUCUACCCGCUCUGAAGGCACUCACCUUUUGCGACACCGAUCUCGAGACGAUCGGAGAAGUGCUCUUCGCCUUGACCGCCCCGAACUUACGUGACCUCAUCAUUCACAAUCUCGUACAUGACGAUGAAACAGCCUCCUUCCAUGCCUCCUGGAAGCAGCCGAAAAGCCUCCCACUUCUACACACCCUAUACCUCGAGUUCAAUGUCGACGGGCUGAACAUCGACGAGCUAAUUGAGCUAUGGCGCCAUUUUCAAUUCUUCCGCUCAGCGCGCAUUAUCCACACUUUCGCGCGAAAUUCUAACGAUUUCUCCAUGGAUGACGUCCUGGAAGCGCUCUCUCACGCACAAGAUGAUGGCGGAUGGCUCUUCUCCCACCUCACCUCCCUCGCCAUAUACUCUAAAUCCGAUAUGGCCACAGAUGGGCUUCGGCGGCUCGUGGAGAAUCGUCGGGAGACGGGGAUAGAGGUGCCCAAUGUAGGCGUAAUGGGGCUGCAGACGUUGAAGAUAUACGCACCGGAGAUAAUUGACUCGACGGAUUCAGAUUACUUCGGACAGAAUUUGCGUCAUUUCGACUGGAUUAAAGGCAAGCCACCCCCGGGUUGUGACAAACAGCAUCUCUCGAUGGCAGACUGGGCGCUGCAAUUGCCAUUGGGCAGAACCAUUGAGAAGUGCGAACUGCAUGUUGAGGGAGAUCUCGAAUUUGGGUCGCUGGAGGCUGCAUAA